AUGCCUGCUGCACACGUGCGCAGGGACGCGGGAGGCUGUGUACCAUGUCCCUUAUCGUCCGUGCAUCCCUGUAGAGGCGGUGGGGACGAGGAGCCAGAGGAAGAUCCCACGUCGGACCUGGGCAACACCACCACACCUUUGGACUCGCUUUACCGCUCUACCGCUUUGGAUGUACUGUGUGAUGUCCUUACUGCCUGCACGUGUGCUCCAGCCCUCCCCCCCUCGACCGCAAAGGGCAGUGGUCCCAGCUCACUACUCCCAGGUGCGCUGCUCCCAUCAGGAUGGGAGACGAGGCAAACACACGAGGCGUUGGAGAUGUUGGUUGACCGUGUCGCGGCCGACCUUGGCGUUUCGAGUGUGCGACGCGGACACGGAGAAUCACCAACGGACUUGGAGAGCGCCAGGUCGCGGGUGAGCGUGGAUUCACUUCUCCUGUACCUGACUGCUGAGGGGCCAAAUCUUCGAGCAGCGCUGCGCUGCCACCGUCGUCAACUCCUGCCGAUGCCUCCACCAGAUUCUGCGACGACACACUCCGAGUCAGGGGCGUACGCCUCGUCGCACGCUGCUUCUCCAGAGGACGAGGCCUUGGAAGUUCUCAUCCGCUACGCGGCCAGCGUUGUACUGGCCAACCGCCAUCUGGGAGGGAAUAUGCGGGAGGGCAGGCAGGUAGCGAGGACACCUGCUCGCCGUGUGCUACAGACGUGCACGGCCCUCUCUCUUCUCCGCUCCACCUCGUCUUUCCGUCAGCCGCUGCGCGCUGCGGUUGGCAGCAUGGAUGCGCCACCCUACUGGUGUUCGACUGGCUGUCUGGGCCUUGAUCAGGCACUGGGUGGCAGGGGUUUCCGCAGUGGAUGGGUCACCGAGGUGUACGGUGAGGCGGGGGCAGGCAAGACCCAGCUGGCGCUUCAGUGUCUCCUGCAGCAGGCCGCCACCGAUGUUUGCCACGAGGCCGUAGCCCUGGCGCUGGCCAACAACGCAGGCCUCACGCCCCAUGCGCACAAGGCGACAUCAGCGGAAAUGUGCGGCUCCAGCAGUCCCGCUGCAAAGUGCUGUGAAGCCUUUGACCGCGAUGCUGUCGAGGCGGCGCGCUGUGCUGUAGUGUACCUAGUUUCUGAGGACGUGCCCACCUCUCGGCUGGGGCCGCUGGCCACCGCAGCUGUAUGGCGUGCAGUUCGUGCUGUGCGGCUUCACCCACUCCUAAAGCAGCUGCCGUCUUGUGUGAUGGAGACAGUGUGGAGCUGCGUUGAGAGCACAUGCACCGUACCGAUAGUACUGUCGCGCUUGCAGAUUCGCCACGUCGCAUCGGUGGCGGAGGUGCUGCGGCUGCUAGAGCCUCUUCCGCAUCCGCAGCUUGCUCAGCACUCGAGGAUUACUUUUUCCACCACCAUGGCGCGCAAGGAGGCUCAGCAACCCCGCAGCACCAGCUUGGUUGACGCCGUGCGUGUACUGGCCGGCUCCCAGGGCCAUGUGGUGUUAGCGUUGGACUCCAUCGCGGCUGCAGUGGUUGCAGGGGAGUGGGACAUGCAAGGUGAAGCGCAGGCUGACGCGACCGUAGCGGCAGUUGGUGUGCGGCUCCGGCACGCUGCCAUCACACACAACUGGUGCAUUAUCGUGGCAAACCAAGUGCGUGCGGUCCCAGUGACUGCCCGUCAAUGCCAGCGCGCGCUGGCGCCCAUCAAACGUGCUCGCUCGCCCACGACCUCCGCUACGGCGUCGACAUCCUCAGCGACUCGCGCGGUCGUACCCGCACUUGGCUUUUCCUGGGCCUCUGCGCCACAUUGCCGCGUGCUUCUACGCAAGUCGCUUUCUCACGGUGUGCGUCAGCUUGUGCUGCGCCAUGCUCCCUCGCACCCACCUGCGCAGGUUAGCUACUUGAUUACAGAGCGUGGUAUUGAAGACGCAUGA